AAACAUUUACUGGAAUGAAAAGGGAAAAAUGCGUGAUAGGAAUUAGUAAUAUCUGAGUCUGAUUUUCGUUAAUAAUGGUCAAGUUCAUAACAGCAGCCCCGGUUUUCAGAAUGACAGGAAAACUUACCGAAUAUCAGAUGGACCAACUGGAAGCUUUUAUUGGAUCUGGACCAAAGGUAUUCCGGCUCCUGUACAGCAUAACCAGGGACGGUUGCACCGCCACUGAGUUCCACCGGAAGUGUGACAACCAGGGACCGACCGUGACGGUUCUCUACAACCCACAUGGCUCUGUAUAUGGUGGGUACGCAGGCGUCAGUUGGCAGAGCAGCGUCGGUUUCCACACCGAGGAUAAAACUGCCUUCAUCUUUCAAUUGAUGAACUCGGGAAAACGUGCUGUGAACAUAUUUCGACCAAAAGAUGCGUCAAAGGCCAUAUAUUGUAAUUCAAAUGACAGCUCAAAUUUCGGAUAUCCAGAUUUUAAAGCCUUUUCAAACACUGUGCCUUUGAAUAACGACGGAACAUUUAGUCUGAAUGGCAGUAUUUCUCUUGGACACUUUUAUCAUAACAAUAACGUCUCGAACAAAGACAUAAACAAUGGAAGCAUGGUUGUCACGGAAAUGGAAGUGUAUGCUGUUUUCGCAGAUUACCCUCGAAAAUCAACGGACACGCACAGAACAUGGCGAAAAACACCUGCUCUCACUGAUGAGUACAUUUCAAAGUUAAAAGAAGAGCUUGCGUCAAUAACUCCACCAAAAGGAAGUGGAAUAACCGACUUCCAGUUAUUACUUGUUGGCCCUGUCGGCGCGGGAAAAUCCAGCUUUAUCAAUACCGCCAUGUCCCCGUUCGCCGACAGAAUUAUGCAUAAAGCCGCCGUCGGUACUUCAUCACAGAGCGUCACCAGAAAGUACAUAACUUACCCAGUACGCAAAUCUGGCGGCUCUUGUCUCAACCUCAGGCUUUGUGACACGCCAGGUAUCGGGGACCAUUCGGGAUUAGAUGCGUUAAACAUUAACUUCCUGCUAGAUGGUCAUGUUCCCUCCUCCUUUGAGUUCUCUUGUUCGCGCCACAUAUCAGCAAAGACGCCUGGGUUUGUACACCGCCCAUCGUUAGCUGAGGAAGCCCACUGUGUUGCUAUUGUGCUGGAUUCUUCUACAAUACGUGACAUUCCCGCAGUGACCAUGACCUUGUUAAACGACCUCAAAAACCUUGCGCUAGAAAAAGGCAUACCACUUGCGAUUAUCAUGACCAAAAUAGACAAGCUUCACGAAGAAAUUGCAGAUAAUCUUGCUGACGUUUUCAAGCGUCCAGAGGUCAAGACUGCUGUUGACCAAGUCAGCGAGGCGUUUGGUAUACCUCCAAACCACGUGUUUCCGGUGAAAAACUAUCACAGCGAGAUGGAAACCGAGAUCGCAGUGCACGGGCUAGCACUCCUAGCGCUUCGGAAGAUGCUUUUUAUUGCUUCAGAUGCCCUGGAGGAGCGCACUUCCGCUAAUGAAGAGAGGCAAGAGGCUACCGCCGACGUGACGGAAUCUGAUACUGCCUAGCGUGUUAAAUCUUGGCCUCAGAUAUAUUCACAGUUAACAAUAGCGACAUAUACUAAUGUCUUGAUGCAUUUUGGCAAACUGCCCACUUAAGAAAAAUCGUGUUAUUUCAUGCACAGAAGGGUGCAACAAAGUUAUAUUUUAUCAAAUGUAGGGACAUGGAAGUUUGCAAACAGACAUUGAAGAUGUAACUUGUUUGUGAUAAAGAUACAGUCGACAUGGUUAAAAUCAUUUGAUUCCCCUUAAUCCACCGUCAAAAAGUGUCAACCACAUUAGUCGUUGAAUGAGUCCUUUAAGGUCCUCUCUAUUUAUCUAUCCCGAUAUGGAAGAACUUCUUGUUUGUGUAGCUACUAUUUUACAGAAGUAUUGAAGAUUUUGUGAAACACUUCAUGAACUUAUAAAUGUAGGUACUGUUACACAGGGGUAUUUUAGUGGUUGCUAAGGAUUUCUUGGACUUUGAAUUGUACGUGUAUGUACCCCUUAACAGGAAUAUUAGAAAGGGUGCGAAACAUAACUUCUACUUGUACAAGUAGCUACGCCUUAACAUAUAUUACCAUUUACCGGCAGUGGGUAGCGAGACAUCGACGUUGAAUUGCGGCAAACGGCUCUUACUUUGAGAAGUAAUGACGUUGACGUCAGAUUCUGACGUUUGAACUGCGGGGCGAUACUGACCUCAUGUUAAUGAAAAAGCUGUAGUUUCCAUUAUAUUGUAUGUAUCAGUUUGAAAUUUUAUAUGUCAUUUACAGCUGAAAUAUAUUUUAUAGCGAGCUGACGUUCG